UUGGAAGCGGGGGCACGGAUGAAUUAAAACAAAUAUUAUCCGUCAUCGUACGCACAAUGGCGAAUGACAGGGAGGUGCUUAGAGAGAUUUGGGACGGGAAAAUUCCCGUUUGUUUUACACUUGAUUCCGAGGAAAUUUGCGAACUGCAAGGACCUGAUCCAUUUUAUCUUAUGGUACCUAGGUUAAGUUAUUUUCCUCUUUGCACAGACAAGGUACGAAAACAUUUUAUACGCCAUGUACAAAGCGACAAUAAACAGGAACAUGAGAUGUGGCUAGAAUUUAAUGGAAUUCCAUUAAAGUGGCACUAUCCUAUUGGUGUUCUGUUGGAUAUUUAUUCCAAUGAUAUUCAACUACCUUGGAACAUAGUUGUUCACUUUGAGAGGUUUCCAGAAAAUGUCCUGAUGCAUUGUCAAAACAAAGAGGUGGUUGAGUCUUAUUUCCUUUCCUGUGUGAAAGAAGCUGAUGUAUUGAAACACAGAGGUCAAGUCAUGUCUAGUAUGCAAAAGAAAGAUCACAAUCAACUAUGGUCUGGCUUGCUUAAUGACAAGUUUGAUCAGUUUUGGUCUGUAAAUAGAAAACUCAUGGAAGCAAUCAACAGUGAAGAGGGUUUCAAAUACAUACCCUUUCGUUGUUACACAAGUGAGGAUAAAUACAUACAAAAACUGGUGAAGCCUGUGAAUGAAGAAGGUCAGAGGAAAACACUGAGGCAUUUAUUAAACGAGACUUUUCCAGACCAAGAGAAUGUUACAGUACUAACGCAUGGUAUUGUUCCACCCUUGGAGACCCCACUUCAGUGGAUGUCAGAGCACUUGAGUUAUCCUGACAAUUUCUUACAUUUAGUUGUGAUAUCAUAACCUAUAUUGAAGCAGUCAGGGGAAGGAUUACCUGCAAUAAUUCAGUAAAACAAGAGUUUGAUGCUGUUUCUUCUUGUGGAAAUUAAAUGGUGCCCCGACCUUGAUCCGUAUGUUGCGGAUCUUGUUAUUAUCCGCAUCUUUUGUCACGUAUUUAUUUUACACGAAGUCGAAUACGUCGCUUGAAUUUUAUUCGAAACAUAUAAUGAAGCAUUUCGCUAUUAUUGUUGUUUAUGUUCUCGUAACGCACAUGAACAGAUAUGGACACCGUAAAGUGUUGUUUCGAGUUUUACCUUAAUCGUAGUGGUGGAGCUAUACGGGAAUUCGCUCAAUGUCGGACCACAUUUGCUAAGGAUUGAACGAAUAGUAAUUCGAUUCACAAGAGUGUACUCGGAAGAAAAUAUAUUGUAUAAAUAUAGUUGUAUAAAUAUUUAAACACGCGUUUAUGUAUAUAAACAUACCGAUCAAGAUUGUAAUCGAUAUUAGAAAAAUAGUUAAUAGACCGGCAGAAUUAGAAUCUGUCGAUAAGAAGAAGAGAACUACAGGAAUGAAGACUAUCGAGAAUACUAAACAAUAAAACAUCAAUACC